AUGUUUCUAAACCGGAUUAUUUGCAACUACUUAGUGUGCAAGUACUUGGCUAAAGAAAUUGAAGUCGAAACCAAGAAAACGAGCAUCAGCAAAGAUGUUUUACAUACAGGAGGUUUUGAUACCGAAUUUCGCAAUCGAAAGAUUCCAUAUGAAACAUCCGAGGUAAGAUUUAUUGAAAUUCUGGACAAUGCAUGCGAAAAUAUCUUAAAAUACCGUGUUCAUGCGGAUAAAAAGGAAAGAUAUUUGAAAGGUACAUCAACGACUAUGAAUACGCUAUUUGGAUUGAAAAAGAGAGGGGUUAAAGUUGAGCUAGGAGUUCCUGAUGAAAUGUGGGAUGAUAUACCAGCUGAAGUAUCGAAAAUGAAGAGAAAGUGUGAUGCGUUUAGAGAAGAGUUCGAAGAUGAAUUGAUGGAAUGGUUUUUACACUAUCAAAAGGAAGACCUAAUGGAAUGGUUAUGUAGAAUGAGGGCAUUAAGACCCGAUCAACACGGUAGUUAUUUACAACUUUGA